CUCUACCACCUAUGAGCCAAUACAAAGAAGUUAAGGGUUUAAAAAAAAAAAAAGAAGGGAUAGUAAAGUUUGAGCUAAAUAAUACUCAAUAAUGGAGAGCAGAUUCUAAGGAGAACUUCAUAGGGUUGGGAUAGAAGACAGUAGACACUCAAGAACAGAAAAACUAAUUGGUUUGUGUUUCUCUUCAUUCCCUCCUUCUCCAGCUUGGAAGUGCUGUGUCUGGCUGUGGCCAUGGGAGAUACAGCAGUGGAGGCAGCCCCUCUGAACUCUUCCUCUUCAGAGCCCACUCCAAGCCCACCAGGAAAUAAUGGGGGGGCCCUGCUCAGUGUCAUCACUGAGGGUGUUGGGGAACUGGCAGUCAUUGACCCAGAGGUGGCCCAAAAGGCCUGUGAGGAGGUGUUGGAGAAAGUGAAACUUUUACAUGGGGGUACAGCUAGCUCCCCAGAGGAGCCCACGAUUGAGCUUGUCAAUGGGGACAGUGUAGGCAGUGAACUUCGCUGCCUGGAUGAGCCUCCUAGCCGCAUCCAAGAGGAGGAUGAGGCAGGGACUUCUGGCUCAGCUAAGGGGGCAAGGAGGCGGCGGCAGAACAAUUCAGCCAAACAGUCAUGGCUGCUGAGGCUAUUUGAGUCAAAGCUGUUUGACAUCUCCAUGGCCAUCUCAUACUUGUACAACUCCAAGGAGCCUGGUGUUCAGGCCUACAUAGGCAAUCGGCUCUUCUGUUUCCGCAAUGAAGAUGUUGACUUCUAUCUGCCCCAGCUGCUAAACAUGUACAUUCACAUGGAUGAAGAUGUGGGGGAUGCCAUCAAGCCCUACAUCGUACAUCGCUGCCGCCAGAGCAUUAAUUUUUCCCUCCAGUGUGCCCUGCUACUUGGGGCUUAUUCUUCGGACAUGCACAUCUCCACCCAGCGACACUCCCGUGGGACCAAGCUCCGAAAGCUCAUACUUUCAGAUGAGCUGAAGCCAGCUCACCGAAAGAGGGAGCUUCCUUCCUUGAGCCCAGCUCCGGACACAGGGUUGUCCCCCUCCAAAAGGACUCACCAGCGCUCCAAAUCAGAUGCCACUGCCAGCAUCAGCCUUAGCAGUAAUUUGAAACGUACAGCCAGCAACCCCAAGGUGGAGAAUGAAGAGGAGGAACUCUCCUCCAGUACCGAGAGUGUUGAUAAAUCAUUCAGUUCCCCGGUCAGACUGGCUCCUGAGCGAGAGUUCAUCAAAUCUCUGAUGGCAAUUGGCAAGCGACUGGCAACACUGCCCACCAAAGAGCAGAAGACACAGAGGCUGAUCUCAGAGCUGUCCCUACUCAAUCACAAGCUCCCUGCCCGAGUCUGGCUGCCUACUGCUGGCUUCGACCACCAUGUGGUUCGGGUACCCCAUACCCAGGCGGUUGUCCUCAACUCUAAGGAUAAGGCUCCUUAUCUUAUUUAUGUGGAAGUACUUGAGUGUGAAAACUUUGAUACUACCAGUGUCCCAACUCGGAUCCCUGAGAACCGGAUCCGGAGCACAAGGUCUGUGGAAAACCUUCCUGAAUGUGGUAUCACCCAUGAGCAGCGGGCAGGCAGCUUCAGCACUGUCCCCAAUUACGACAAUGAUGAUGAAGCCUGGUCUGUGGACGACAUAGGAGAGCUGCAGGUAGAGCUCCCCGAAGUACAUGCCAACAGCUGUGACAACAUCUCCCAGUUCUCUGUGGAUAGUAUCACCAGUCAAGAAAGCAAGGAGCCCGUGUUCAUUGCAGCAGGAGAUAUUCGACGACGCCUCUCAGAGCAGCUAGCCCACACCCCUACUGCCUUUAAGCGGGACCCAGAAGACCCAUCAGCAGUCGCCCUCAAGGAGCCCUGGCAAGAGAAAGUCAGGAGGAUCCGAGAGGGCUCCCCGUAUGGCCACCUCCCCAACUGGCGGCUCCUCUCAGUCAUUGUCAAGUGUGGAGAUGACCUGCGACAAGAGCUGUUAGCCUUCCAGGUGUUGAAACAACUGCAGUCCAUCUGGGAGCAAGAACGAGUGCCCCUUUGGAUCAAGCCCUACAAGAUUCUUGUGAUUUCUGCGGACAGCGGCAUGAUAGAGCCUGUGGUCAAUGCUGUGUCCAUCCACCAGGUGAAGAAGCAGUCACAGCUCUCCCUGCUCGAUUACUUCCUACAGGAGCAUGGCAGCUAUACCACCGAGGCAUUCCUCAGUGCCCAGCGCAAUUUUGUCCAAAGUUGUGCUGGCUACUGUCUUGUCUGCUACCUGCUUCAGGUCAAAGACAGGCACAAUGGGAAUAUCCUCCUCGAUGCUGAGGGGCACAUCAUCCACAUUGACUUCGGCUUCAUCCUGUCCAGCUCCCCUCGAAACCUGGGCUUUGAGACUUCAGCCUUUAAACUGACCACAGAGUUUGUGGAUGUCAUGGGAGGGCUAGAUGGCGACAUGUUUAACUACUACAAGAUGCUGAUGCUGCAGGGGCUCAUCGCUGCCCGAAAACACAUGGACAAGGUGGUGCAGAUCGUGGAGAUCAUGCAGCAAGGUUGCCGAUGGUGCUCAGGAGACUCCCCGGCCAGCCCCAUACUGACGGUGGCCCAGGUUCUCUGCUCCCAGCUGCCCUGCUUCCACGGCUCCAGCACCAUCCGCAACCUGAAGGAGCGCUUCCACAUGAGCAUGACGGAGGAGCAGCUGCAGCUGCUGGUGGAGCAGAUGGUGGACGGCAGCAUGCGCUCCAUCACCACCAAACUCUAUGACGGCUUCCAGUACCUCACCAACGGCAUCAUGUGACCCCCCCCCCCCCACCGCCGCCCAGCCCCGGGGAGCCGAGGGAGGGCCGCCGGGAGACUCCCUGGGAGGGCCGAGAGCACCCAGGGCGGACCCCAGGAUCGGUAACAAGGAGCUUGCCGGGGGCAGAGGAGUGAGUGUUGGGAGGAACCUUGCUGGGGUCUCCCGGCCCCAUUUCUGUGACAGUAUUACCACCUGACAGGCUCUGGGAGUCACUGCCCCCACGUGAGCAGCUGAGGGGAUGCUGGAGUUUGGGGGGGAUGGAGGGGACCUUUCUGGGGUCUGUGGUGUCUCCCUGCCCCCCUCCAAUACUUCCCUUACCCUCCAGCCUGUUCUGGGCUACCAGGAGAAAGAGAGAUCUGUGCCCCUCAGUGGCUCUCCUGGGGGAGGAGUCAGAGCAGGGACUGGAGCUCCCCCUAGAGGAGGGGGACCUAGCACAGCUUCUCCAUUAAAGGGGCCCCCAUCAUGGAAGCCAAGAGAAGAGAAUGGGCCGUCCCCAUUCUGCCCCAGGUCCAAGGGGAUCCCGGUGCCUGCAGUCGGUUCUUAUCCCACUCCCUCUGGCCCAGGGAAAAUGCUCUCAAUUUUUUAUUUUUAUUUUUUUCUGUUUGAAAUAAAGUCCUUAGUUAGCCA